GCAGUGCGCCGCGCCACGGGUGGUCGCGAGGCGGACGCCGGUCCCGGAGCCUAACCAUUGGCCACUGAGCCGAGCCGGCGCUUCCCCGUGCGGGGGUGGCAGCACGUGCCGGGGGCGAGAGCGGAGACCGCAGCUAUGGCGUCGUUACUUUGGGGAGGCGACGCUGGGGCGGCAGAGAGCGAGCGGCUGAACAGCCACUUUUCAAAUCUCGUCCACCCCAGGAAGAACCUCCGUGGUAUCAGGAGUACCACAGUCCCAAACAUAGACGGCUCUCUUAACACCGAAGAAGAUGAUGAAGAGGACGAUGUAGUGGAUUUGGCAGCCAAUUCACUCUUAAACAAGUUAAUCCGUCAGUCCUUAGUAGAAUCCAGCCACAGAGUGGAAGUCUUACAAAAGGAUCCCAGCUCUCCACUCUACUCGGUGAAAACAUUUGAAGAACUACGGCUAAAGGAAGAGUUACUAAAAGGGAUUUACGCAAUGGGAUUUAACAGACCAUCCAAAAUCCAGGAGAUGGCCCUCCCUAUGAUGCUCGCACAUCCUCCCCAGAACCUCAUAGCACAAAGCCAGUCGGGAACUGGAAAAACGGCCGCCUUUGUCUUAGCAAUGCUAAGCAGAGUGAAUGCCUUGGAAUUGUUUCCACAGUGCCUCUGCCUGGCUCCUACCUAUGAACUGGCUCUGCAGACUGGCCGUGUGGUUGAAAGGAUGGGGAAAUUCUGUGUGGAUGUUGAAGUGAUGUAUGCCAUUCGAGGAAAUCGAAUUCCUCGGGGCACUGAAAUCACCAAACAGAUUAUAAUUGGUACUCCCGGGACUGUCCUAGAUUGGUGCUUCAAGCGAAAAUUGAUUGAUUUGACUAAGAUCCGUGUAUUUGUCCUGGAUGAAGCAGAUGUGAUGAUUGACACCCAAGGAUUCUCAGAUCAGAGUAUUCGUAUCCAAAGAGCUUUACCCUCCGAAUGCCAGAUGCUCCUCUUUUCGGCAACCUUUGAGGACUCUGUGUGGCAGUUUGCUGAACGAAUCAUUCCUGACCCCAAUGUUAUCAAGUUACGAAAAGAGGAACUGACCCUGAAUAACAUCCGACAGUAUUAUGUGUUGUGUGAAAACAGAAAAGACAAAUAUCAAGCCCUGUGUAACAUCUAUGGUGGCAUCACCAUUGGCCAGGCCAUCAUCUUCUGCCAGACACGGCGAAAUGCCAAGUGGCUGACUGUGGAGAUGAUGCAGGAUGGCCACCAGGUGUCCUUACUAAGUGGGGAACUCACAGUGGAGCAGCGAGCUUCCAUCAUCCAGAGGUUCCGAGAUGGCAAAGAGAAGGUCCUCAUCACAACCAAUGUCUGUGCUCGAGGAAUUGAUGUGAAGCAGGUCACCAUCGUUGUGAACUUUGACCUUCCUGUAAAUCAAUCAGAAGAGCCAGACUAUGAGACCUACCUCCACCGUAUAGGACGGACAGGACGCUUUGGGAAAAAAGGUCUCGCCUUCAACAUGAUUGAAGUGGAUAAGCUGCCCCUGCUUAUGAAAAUACAGGACCACUUCAAUAGCAAUAUUAAGCAGCUCGACCCAGAAGACAUGGAUGAGAUUGAAAAGAUCGAAUAUUGAAGAGAGGCCUUUGUUGUUUGUGGGCUUUCCUAGUUUGUGAGAAUGUUGCAGCAGGUUUUGAAGAUAAUUUUCUAUGUUGAGGCUCUGUCAAGGUGAAACUGUCACAGACAACAAAAUAAAUGUCAUGGUACUCUUCAUUCUAAGACCCAAAUUGAUUCAAAGCAUGUGACUGGUUUAAAUAAGAAUGCAGAUUCCUUCUUCUAAUCUGUUUACAGGUAGCAUCUCCCUGAGCUGCUGUGGAGAUGGCUUUUCAUUUAGAUUAUACGAUCAAACCCAUUUAUGAACCUGGCCACGAGGGGGCAGUAGAACAUCACUAAUUUUAGAAUGAAAGCUGGCAGGACAGCUGGAAAGCCACCCAUUUUCAGACCUCGCUCACAGACUGCCCUUUCUGUGUAUCAGUUUCCCCAUUCACACCCUUGCUCUCAGGCGAAAGGAUACUUUAAAAUUUUGGAAGAGACAGAAUUUUAAUAUUUCAGGUGACAUCCAGAAUUUCUGAAUAUUUUCCACUUCUGCUUGUUACAUACAGUCUUCAAAUCAGAAAAGAUUUGUUAUUUCACAGUCUUUAAAAAUGUGGCUUUAUUCUAGAUAUUUCUCAGAAGAGGGCAAUGAAGGUUCCAAAAAGAGCAAGCCAGGCCUUGAGGAGAUGCUGCUCUGUGGGGACAGUGCUGAUUGUGUGACCAUGAGGGUCUAAGUUCACAUCCCAGCACACAGCUGGGAGCCAGACACGUAGAUCAGGAACUCACAGGCCAAGUCAGUCCAACUGAAAUGGCAAGCUCUGGGUUCAGUGAGAGACACUGUCCGGAAACCAGGUGGAAAGCAGUGAUGUCAGCCCACAAGCAUAUGCACGCACACACGCAUGCACACAUGCAUGCACACACAUAUAUGCACUCACCCAUGCACACCUCCACACAAACAUGCAUCACAGAAAUCCACCAAAAAAUUAAACAGAAUAAGCCCAGAAAUAACAUGUCAGGGAGUCAAUGAUGUUGUUUGUAAAAGCUUCAUGGUAGCAGAGCGUGGUGGCCCAUACCUGCAAUCCCAGCAUUCAGAAAGCAGAGUCGGGGGAUUCCCACAAGUUUGAGGCCAGCCUAGUCAACACAGAAAGACCUGUCCCAGAAUUUUUUAAAAAAAAAAAAGUUUGUUUCAAGAAAAAUUUAAAUCUUCCACGAGAAUCUAGACAUUUUUCUGUAAGCAAAAAUUUUCUUAAUUGCCACAUAUGCUACUUAGAAAUUAAAACAUGAGCCUGAAAAAAAUGGGGUGAAUGGCUGGAUUCUCAUAAAGCUAAAGUCUACAGCUCUGCCACACUCCCAGCUGCCAGCGGCCUCUCCAGUGAGUGUGUGCCACCCCUGCUGUAGAUGAGGCUCGUGGCUUGUCUAUUUUGAUAGUCCACGUGGCUGUCACUGUGCCCAUGUUGAUCCCUAAGUCCAGGGCUCAGAAAUGGGAGAAUCGGCAGGCUCCCUCAUAAAACACUAGGUGUUUACCAUGCAUCCUUGUUCUAAGCAGCAGGGGAAGGGGAGAUAAAUAAGAUUCAAGACACCUCGGCGGAGAGUAUAAUGGCAGAGACCCCGUCUAAGCCAGCAUCCAAACAGCUAAAGGGGAAGAACACAUGUAUCCAGGGUCACACAGAUGGUCUCCAGGAUAUACCAGGCCUCCUACAGGGGGCUGGGAUAUGCCUAGCACUAUGGCAGUCUCCUAACAUGGGUCCCCUGGGACAGUAUUCCAGACCCAGCUCAUCCUGGGUGUUACCUAGAAAGCCUAGGAAAAACUGCCAGUCCCUUGUCCUGGGUAGACAAAGCCAGAUGCUCUAAGGAUCCAGAAGUACUUAGGUAGAGAGCUGGAAGUGUUGGCACAGUAGCGGAUAGAAAGACCUGUCUAACAAGAAGAUGCUGAGGCAGAAGUUCUUUGAGACAGUUUGCCAAAAGGAGCCGCCAUUUGGGAAUAUCUGCUCCAUGGUUUACACUGCAUCUGCUUUCCUCUCUGUGACUAGAAACUGUCAGUCUUUGUCCUCAGGACCUUGCCCAGCACCGUACCCAUAAUAGCAACUCCAUGAUAUUUACUCUCCUAUUAAGUAAAUAUUUUUCUCCUUUUGCUCUCUCCUCAUCCAUUGGCAUUUUCCCUGGUUUUGAACCCUGAUCAUAAGACAUAGGAUAAGCAAGAACGAGAGACAUAAUAAGGUAUUUUGUCUAGCUAUUUGAGAAAUGACUUGGGCUCUCCACCCUACUCAGCUCAGCCUUGGUGUCCUAAAUGAAACCGCAAAUGCACACCAUUUCCAGUGCAGAUCUCCGGCAAGGACUCAGCAGGCCACCUACCACCACAAGAGCCUUUGGUAGGCUCUGCCUGGCAGCUCUUCCCACAGAGUCUGCAAACACUAGACAUUCUUCUACCUUGUCCCUCUCCUCCCAUUCCUUUGUCUCACCACCCAAGAGACAGCAAGGUCAUAGCUGUAUUAAACCGCUGUCACAGGGUGGUGAGUCAGCAAUCCUAAGAGAGCUUUGCAGGGCCAGUUCCUUGCGCAGAAAUGUAAGCAAAUUUCCUAUCUCCACCAUGACCUGGCCGGGGUCAUCUCUCUGAGUGCUAGCUGGAUGAAGGAAUAAAUGGAGAGGCAAGAAAUAGCCAGAUGGUUCCAGACCAUCUGUGAGCUGGUUUAAUCAGCUGUGUGUUACUUGGCCCCAAAGACUAAACCAAAUCCAGGAGGUUUAUAUUGGCCAGCUCAGUACUGGUAGCAUACCGGACUUGGUGAUUACAUGUGGCAGGGUUGUGAUUUGCAAGGGAACUGUGAGUGAUCACCUCACAGUGAUCAGCCUGGGCCCUGCGGCUGUGAUGUUAGGUGCAGGAUCUAAGGCAGCUAUUCAUAACUGAAAAGAGUUGCCCACAGUCUGGUAGGGUGUCUGACAGCUCAAGGGACAUUACUGUGUUUAGAGAAAGGGUUGCUGCUCCUCAGUAGAGCUUGGUUACCAUGAAAGCCACUGGCAGUCUGCACGUAUGAGCAAUGAGAAAAGUCUUAGAGGAUUGCAGGAGUGGAUGGGGGUGGGGAAGUGAGCAGUUCCUGACCAGACACGGGAGAAAGCCUGGUUGUGCCAACCCUGCAUCUGGUUCUUGGGCCUCUUAGUUCGUGCAGGCUCCCAGAUUAGAAAAAGAACCCAAGCGGAGCCAUCCCUGCUGUUGGGCUGGUAACAGAAAGACAAGUCCAGACCUAGGGCCUCCAGGCUGGCCAUGCACUCUCUUUCCACUGGACCUUCUGCUGGCACCAUUGAACAGGCAAGCAUACUGCCCUUCUCAGUGGGCCUCCCAGAGCCAGCACUUCGUGUCUAUUAGUCUUCCAAGGGAGCUGUUCAAUCCUGACCACUCCGGCCCUCGGCCACUUCCGGAGAAUAAUCAGGAACGUCUAAGACCUGUGUGUCAUUUUGCCCCACAGCCUAUGAAAAUGCUUUGAGGACUACUAACUUUCAAAAGCCGCUGUUGGGAGAAUUAGCUAUCACUCUGCCCCCUCGUGCCUGUCUGCUGGCUCCUUCCCCCUUCUACUCCUGCCCCUCGUUCCCUGGAUAAUGUUCUAAUACAGACAGUGUCUUCUCGUUUGCCGUGGGCACCCCAGAAGGUCAGCUGAGCCAUGCUCUGGCCUGUUCACAUAGUGUGGCCUGGCCCAUUAUCUCUAGACACUGUUCUGAUUUCCCGGAUGGCUUUGCAAACUCUUGUUUAUAAUAUGUGUGGGGCUGAAGCACUAUCCACAGUUCUUAAUUACAUUUUUUACAUUAUUGUGGGAGAGGCCACGUGCAUGCCACAGUACACUUGUGGAGGUCAGAGGACAAGUUACAUAGUUGGUUCUCUCCUACCACUAUAUUGGUUCUGGCAUGGGACUCAGGGUCUCAGGCUUAGUGGCAAGUGCCUUUACCAAUGAGACACCUCACUGACCCUCAUUCCCUCUCUCUCCCCCACACUCUUGCUUCCUCAUAUAUACAUUCUCUCUGUGUGUGUGAUGUUUGAGACAAGGUCUCAUUGUGCAGCCAGGCUGGUCUGGAGCUUGCUAUUUAGACCAGGCUGGGUCUCUGCCUCCUGAGUAGGAUUAAGGCAUGUGCCCAUUCUCCAUUUUAAAUGUAGAAUUUCUGCUUCAUACAGAACUAGUAAAAUAAUAGGAAACGCACCUGAAGUGUGCUGGGGCUCGAUGAGAAAAGUAACUGUCUGGACACCCCACACAAAGCCCCAGAGCCCAGCUCUGUAAGUUCCCAGCCCCCUUGGUCCAGUGUUUCAGUCUUCUACUUCUGAGGAAGUUAUAAACAAGUAAAAGCUCUAUAUAAGGAAAACAAGCUCCAGGGAGACUCUAUCCACCAUUUAAUGGCAACCCAGGGUCUUUACUGUUCUUGAUCAGAAUAACUAUGUAUUUAUUUCCGUUUUGAGAAUAUAUCUUCACUGAAUAUGGAUGCUCUCCUAUUUUGAACUUAGUAAUUUCCUAAGCUAGAAUCAAUAGAUAGUCUCACUCUAGGCCCUUGGUUCAUGGUGGUCUGUGGCUUGAAAUCUUGGUUAGAAUGAAGUGCUUGACCAGGAUGCCCAGUUAUGAGUGAAGUUCAGGGUCCAGUCAUGUACAGAAGCCUCUGAUGUUACUUUAGUUAUACACUUUUAAUUGAACAACCCAUUUUGUAAAGUGGUGACAUUCACCGUCCUUCACGGGAGUGCCCAGUCAGAGAGCGGACAGUUACUUGUAAAAUCCAUGGGAAUUUGGCAUAAAAUGAUCUCUGAGGCUCUGCCCAUUCUAAGAUACCAUGUUUCUGUGACCCCACAAAAAGCAACACUGCUGUGGGAUGUCUUUCUGUACACUGUGAAUGUGUUGCUCUCAUUGGUUGAUCAAUAAAGCUGUUUGGCCAAUGGCGAGGCAGGGCUGGUACCUCAAGGUCAUAGGUGGAUCAGGUACCCACUAUACAACACACAUGAAGAAUGUAAGUCAUGGAGGCUUUUACAGACGGUUGCUCACAAAUGAGAGGGAUGGGUGGGCAUUAGCUUCCAAUAGCUUUCAGAUCCACCAGCUUCUUCCUCACAUGAUCAUGUCUUUACACCAUGCUCCAUCAGCUUAUGCAGAAUAUAGGUUAUUUUUAGUUUAAUAUUUCUGUUCUAAAAGCAGUAAAGCAGCAAGUGCUAGUAACAGACUCUCCCCAGCUGGAGCAGUUGCCGUCUUGAUAACCCUUUUCGUCCUGAUAGAACCACAGUUCAUCAUAGUGCAUGUCUGAUAAUAACUAAUAAGAACUGUUUUUGCCUGUUACCAGUCUUUGGGAUGAUUAUUUAAUAAUAAUUGGCUCGAUUAUCCUGUCUGGAAAUAUGCACACAAAUCUUUGUUUAUGAUCAUUUCCAACAUUAUAAGUAAUGCUGCACAAUAUUUGGGAUUUUUUUCCCUUAGGAUUAAAGAUGUUAAGUUUGAGUGCCAAACUGGGGCAUUUUUAUGACUGUCAAUAGACAGUAGCAAACUGCUUCCUGAGGUUAAAACUGUGUAUCAGUCUCUCCUCACGUUACAAUCAGGGGAGGUUGCAUGCUUAUUUGGUUUGAUUUACAUUUUUCCCCAUGCAAACAGUAUUAUUUCUUUGUGUAUGAUUCACCAUUUGAAAAACAUCUGUAGUAUCAUUUGUAAGAUCAUGUUAUCAACUUGUAUGAAAUACGUGUGAUUUCUUUCCAGAUACAAUAAAGAUAUUAACCUUUU